AUGCAGCUCAUGGAGAAAGGAGAUGCGGAAAAUCAAACAGAUUUCACAGAAUUCAUCCUCCUGGCGUUUGGGGAUCUCCCAGAACUGCAGAUCCUUCUCUUCCUGGUUUUCCUAGUGAUCUACAUUGUGACCAUGGCCGGGAACAUCCUCAUCAUUGCUCUACUUGUGACUGAUCAGCACCUUCACACUCCCAUGUACUUCUUCCUGGGGAACUUGUCCUGCCUGGAGACCUGCUACACUUCCAUACUCCUACCCAGGAUGCUGGCCAGUUUCCUGACUGGGGACAGAACAAUUUCUGUGGUGGGCUGCAUGACACAGUUUUUUGUCCUUUGUUUUCUAGCAACUACGGAAUGUUAUCUCCUGGCAGCGAUGUCUUAUGAUCGGUAUUUAGCCAUAUGCAAACCACUGCACUAUGGAACAUGUAUGAAUGGCAAGUUGUGCCUCCAACUCGCAGCUGGGUGUUGGAUAAAUGGAUUUCUACCUUCUAUAAUAAUGAUGUGUUUUAUGUCACAAUUAAUUUUCUGUGGCCCCAAUGAAAUGGACCAUUUCUUUUGUGAUCUCACCCCAAUUUUAAAGCUCUCCUGCAGCGACACCAGCCAGAUAAUGCUGGUUCUUUAUAUAUUUUCCUUCUUAGAUGUAGUUUCCCCAUUUCUAUUAACCAUGACAUCCUACGUCUGUAUAGUUAGCACCAUCCUGAGAAUCUCUUCCACCAUUGGGAGGCAAAGGGCCUUUUCCACCUGCUCCUCUCACCUCAUUGUGUUAACACUUUUCUAUGGGACUGUAAUGAUUGUCUACAUGCUACCGAAAUCCAGCAACCUGAGAGCCCUGAACAAAGUGUUCUCUGUCUGCUACACAGUCCUGACUCCCCUGACCAAUCCCCUCGUCUACAGCCUGAGAAACAGAGAGGUCAAGGCGGCCCUGAGAAAAGCUGUCAGGAAAUGUCUGGCCUUCACAAAGAAUUCGGACUAG